AUGGGACGUCGUAUUCGUGCACAGCGUAAAGGACGUGGAGGAAUUUUCAAAUCGCAUAGUAAACAUCGCAAAGGACCUGCCAAGCUUCGCCCUGUUGAUUAUUCUGAACGACAUGGUUAUAUUCGAGGAAUUAUUAAGGAUAUAAUUCAUGACCCUGGGCGUGGUGCUCCUCUUGCUGUUGUUCACUUUCGUGAUCCUUAUAAAUACCGAAUAAAGAAGGAAUUGAUGAUUGCGGCAGAAGGUUUAUAUACUGGGCAAUUUAUUUAUUGUGGCAAAAAAGCCCAAGUUCAAAUUGGAAAUGUUAUGCCUAUUGGAGAAUUACCUGAAGGGACGACUGUCUGUAAUCUUGAGGAAAAGGCUGGAGACCGUGGCCGAUUAGCUAGAACUUCAGGAAACUAUGCUACUGUCAUUGCUCACAAACCGGAUGUUAAACGUACACGUAUUCGUCUUCCUUCUGGAGCCAAAAAAGUUGUUCCUUCUGCGAAUCGUGCGAUGAUUGGUAUUGUUGCUGGUGGUGGUCGUACAGACAAACCAUUAUUAAAGGCUGGUCGUUCUUAUCACAAAUAUAAAGCAAAACGUAAUUCCUGGCCAAAAGUUCGUGGUGUUGCAAUGAAUCCAGUUGAGCAUCCACACGGAGGUGGAAACCAUCAACAUAUUGGACAUCCAUCAACGGUGAAGAGAGGUACAAGUGCUGGACGUAAAGUUGGAUUAAUUGCUGCUCGCCGAACUGGACGUAUUCGUGGAGGUAAACCAGAGAAGAGAGGUAAAGACGAAGCAAUGUAGAGACAAAAAAAUAGAAGGAACUUUUUGGUGUGUUAAUUUUUUUGAUUUAAUUUGUGGAUGUUAAUUGUUAUGUUGGGAAAAGAUAAAAUUGUUAUUCAAUAUUUUUUUUUAAAUUGUGAGCUAGUUGGUAGGGCAAAAUUCUUUUUAAAACGAUGAAGAUUCGGAAUGUAUUUGAGAGUUUUAUUGUUAAUUAGUAAGAUCGAGUCAUGCAUCGACAUAUACUUGGCCUGAAAAAGGCUGAGAAAAAGACC